AUGUUCAAGCGCUCGGACCGGAACCGGGUCGACAAGUCGGCGAGGCUGAAGAAAUCCAACACCGUUCGGGAUCCCCAGAAGCUGUCGAAACUGCAGCGGUCGAUCGAGGAGACGCUUCCCGUGAAGAAGACCCUCAGCUCACCCAUCGUCACCCUGACGGUCGGGCGUGAAGGUCGGCUGUUUGCGGCGCACGAGGAGGUCCUGUGCCAGUCGCCCUUCUUUGAGCGCGCCUGCCGGGACCAGUACCUCGAGGCGCAGAGCAAGAGGAUCUCACUCCCAGACGAAGAGCCCGGCAUCUUCUCGGCCGUCCUCGAAUACCUCUACAAAGGCGACUACUACCCCCGCCUGCUCCACAACAAGCACCGAAACUCUUGGGAGCUCGAGGACGCUGUGAGAUCGCCGGACCCCUCCGAAAACAACCGAGGUGGCCGCGGAGCCGUCGAGGCCACCAUGCACGUGUCCAGCGUGGACCAGUUUCUCCUGCGCGACACGGUCGUCUACUGCGCCGCCGAACGGUUCGGACUCGAGGAGCUCAAGUGCCUUGCUCUCCGGAAGCAGGGUCUGCAGAGUGGGAUCGACGUCGGGACCAUCCUCCGGUCAGCCCAGUACGCCUACGACCACACGCCGGACUCGGACUCGCGGCUGCGCGCUCACUAUCUCGCCCUGAUCAUCCGAUGUCGCAAGACGUUCAAGAGGAGCGGAACCAUGCAGGCGGAGAUGGAACGGGGCGGCAAGCUCUUCUUCGACCUGUUCGUGGCCAUGUGCAACCACCUCGACGACGUCGUGGAGCUGAGCAAUGCUCGGACACCCAAGACCAUCUGA